AUGGAUCCGCUACCACCAGUGAGCCGUAUCGGGUGGGACGAGCAGAAGAUUAUGAGAACAAGAAGUGAAUUGAACACGGUUAAAUCAAUCAUGAAGGAAAACGUGCAAAAAAUCAUGGAGAGACAGGGAAAACUUGAUGACUUGGUUGAAAGAGCCCAAAAACUCGAAGAAGCAUCUGAUGUCUACGUCAAGUGUGCCGUCAAGAUCAAGCGUGAAAUGAGCUGGAAAAAUCGAGCGAUCCGCUACGCCAUCAUCACGAUUUCCAGUGUUUCUGCAUUUGCCGGUGUCGCCUAUUCGUUUCUUUGA